GUGAGGGGGAACGCGGGGCGCCCGCCAUGUGAGGGGCGCCGCGGGGGCGGCGGACGGGCCGCCGGGAGCCGCCGCCGGCCCGUGCGAGGGCCGCGUGUAAAGCACUCGGGGUCCUAACAGAAAACAAAAGGCCUCAGAGGAGGAAGCAAAGAGUUUUAAAGGCACAUUUAGAAAACAAAGCAGUCAAUGGCCGCAGACCAGAACUCAUGGAAUGCAGUAUAUGUGGUCAUGGUGAAAAAUACAGGGUGAAGACAAGCCAAGCAGUGCCCAUUGAGAAUGUGCAGUGUAAGGAGAAGGAGAGCAUGACUGGCCUGGAAGCAGAGAGGUGGGCACAUGCAGAGAAGCCAUCCUUUGGUGUCCAUGUCAAUGGUGACACCCACGGAGCUGUGACAGGCACCCAACACUUGAACCACGCUGAGCACAGCCCAGCCUCUCCCUGUCACCUCCCUGAGCCAAAAAAGCCCUCGGUGCACCCCUCCAGAAAUGGCAUCAGCACCCUGCAUUAUUCACCACCAGAAGCAGCUCCCUCACUGAACAAAGCCCCUGCAGAGGAAAGGACAGACCUGACAAGCAACUCCCACAUGCAAUGGCCAACGGGUGGCACUCUGAGUAACAUAGUAAGCACUCUGACAAGCGGCCCUGGCUGUGUUCACCCAGAAAACCAAGGGGAUGUUUCAAUGAAAGAGGAAAACUGCACCUGCAGCAUCUCUGAGUGCUCUGAUCAGUCAGUUUUGCAGACAGGUUCCAGCUUGGAUGUGCAAGAAAGCUUGAGUUGUCCUCUGCUGCCUGCAGGGGAGCUGCAGGCAGGGAAGGAUGGCCUUACAGUACCAAGUGUGGAGACACAGCCUGACAAUACUGCACUCCAGCCCACUUUCUUGUCCCUGAUUAAAACCAGAAAUUUAACUCUGGAGCAGGUUGUAGCUAUUGAAGCUUUAACACAGUUAUCUGAAGCUCCUUUAGAAACAACUUCACCAGCUAAAAGUGAAAGUACUGAACAUACAGGAGAAACAACUUCCCACUUGCUCCACAGUUUUAAAAGGGAUAUCUCAUCCUCCUUUACAUGCUCUGCAUUACAGGAAAUCAAAGACACUUACUUACAGAACGAGCAGCAGCUCCUGGCUCACUGCGCUCACCCACAGAAGCAGCUCCCUAAUAAGGCAGUGUUGUACAAUGGCCAAAGUUCAGUGUCUGAGCUGUGUGAUAAACCUGCCAGUCCAGCUGGGGAGAUGUAUAAAUUACAGUCACCCUCAAGAGAUACCAAACCUUUAUCUGACCUAACAUCUAAUGCAGCAUCGUUUUCGGGAUACCAUUCCAACAAAAGUUGUGUUCCUGAUCCAGUCCCCCUCUCAGGGUACUGCAAUGCUUCAUGUGAUGUCCAGCAUUCAGGGGACAACAUGGAAGCUCCUGGCCAGUUAGAGCAAAAGCCAUCGUGUGGUGAUGUGAAAUUGGAAGGUGGUUCUUUGGUUAAAGAAGGAGGGAUUCACAGCCAGGAUGAAGAGGACGUGGCUGCACAGCUAACUCAACUGGCAGCCCUGAUUGAAUCCAACCAGACGAAUCCAGAGCACAAGAACAACAUAAAGGCAUCCCUGCUUAAUCUAAUAUCACAUGAGAGGCAGCCAAAAUAUAACCAAGAAGUGGUGCAGAAAAAAGAAUCUGUAUUUUUUAGGCGUAAUUAUAGUUCCUUGCUGUUAAAGCAAAAGCAGGCGACCAAUAAGAAAGGAAAUGGUGUGCCAUGGAAACAGAGACACAGAAAGAAGCCUCAAGAAGCACGCUAUCAACAAAAUAAUCAAAACCAGCUAGAGCUGUUGUCAUGCCAGCAUAGGGAGUUGCAGGACAUUUGGAUAUCAUCAAAACUGCAUAAGCUUGGUCAAACCAUGCCACAGGACUCCAGGGUGGCUCCAUCUGAAAAAAAAUCUCCGAGAACCAAAGUACAGAGAGCGCUCAGUCAAAACACUUUAGCAUCACAAGAAAAAACUAGAUUAUUUCUUCCACAAGCACAGAUAAAAUUCCACAGGUGCUUACCUGAGGCACCACAGGAGAAAAAAAAAGACAGGUUGUUUGGCUGUGAAGCAGUGAAUGAGCAAAUGAAAACUGUGGGCUCCAGCGACCCACUAGGUGCUGAUCCAAUGAAAAAUGAAGUUGCUGCACGUAGCCAGCACAGCGACCUGUCCUCCCGUAAUCCUCUGGCUGGCUCUCAGCUGAAAACAGCAUCCUUGUUGAAAAGGCCAACUGAAAACCUACAGAUGUUUACAGAAAAAUGUAAUUCUCAGGUACAGCAAACAGCAAAUGUCAGUCAGGCGCCUCCUUUGCCAGCAAGCGUUAACCGGUGUGACGUGAGAGCUAACCAAGUGUGUAGUGAGAGCAAAGCCCAUGGGCAGCAGGGGACUCAGCAGGCAGAGCCGAAGUGCCAGGUGCUGCCUGCUCCCUGUGCUGGGGCCCAGGUGCCAGGUGCUGCUGGAGCUCUCAGGAAUGUGGAGUGUGUGGGUGAGGUGACCGUUCUGACAUCAACCAGAGUGGGUGCUGACCACGCCCCGAGCACAGGCGACUCAGGGUGUUCCCCAGCAAAAAACACGCUCAGCAGUUUCCUUGAAUCACCCAUGAAGUUUCUUGAUACCCCUACAAAAAAUUUAAUAGACACACCUACCAAAAAAGGACAAUCUGAAUUGCCAACUUGUGACUGUGUUGAGCAAAUUAUAGAAAAAGAUGAAGGCCCCUAUUACACACACCUCGGGACAGGACCAAGUGUGGCUGCUGUGAGAGAAAUCAUGGAGAACAGGUAUGGAGCAAAAGGAAGUGCUGUAAGAAUUGAGGUGGUGGUUUAUACAGGAAAGGAAGGAAAAAGCUCUCAGGGGUGUCCAAUUGCCAAGUGGGUGAUCCGGAGGAGCAGCGACGAGGAGAAGCUGCUGUGCCUGGUGCGUCAGCGGGCGGGGCACCACUGCCAGACGGCCGUGAUUGUGAUCCUGAUCCUGGCCUGGGAGGGCAUCCCACACCUGCUGGCAGACACGCUGUACGAGGAGCUGAGGCAGAGCCUGCGCAAGUACGGCUGUCCCACCAGCCGCCGCUGCGCCCUCAACGAAGAUCGUUCUUGUGCAUGUCAAGGACUUGACCCAGAAACUUGUGGAGCAUCAUUCUCAUUUGGCUGUUCAUGGAGUAUGUAUUUCAAUGGCUGUAAGUUUGCCAGGAGCAAAAACCCCAGGAAAUUUAGGCUUCUCACUGAUGACCCUAAACAAGAGGAACUUCUUGAAAACAAUUUGCAAACGUUGGCUACUGAUGUGGCUCCGGUUUAUAAGAAGCUUGCUCCAGAAGCUUUCCAGAACCAGGUGGAAAACGAGCACAUGGGCCCCGACUGCCGGCUGGGCUGCAAGGACGGCCGGCCCUUCUCGGGUGUCACCGCCUGCAUCGACUUCUGUGCCCACGCCCACAAGGACACGCACAACAUGCACAACGGCAGCACCGUGGUGUGCACCCUAACCAAGGAGGACAACAGGAGAGUGGGGGUGAUCCCGAGCGACGAGCAGCUGCACGUGCUGCCGCUGUACAAGAUCUCCCAGACCGACGAGUUUGGCACCGAGGAGGGCCUGGAGGCCAAGAUCAAAGCCGGAGCCAUCCAGGUGCUCACAGCGUUCCCCAGGGAAGUGAGGAUGUUGGCUGAGCCUCUCAGAGCCGCCAAGAAAAAGAAACCAGACACAAGGAGGACCCCGAGUGAAAAGCAGCCAUUAAUAGAUAAAAAAUAUUCAACACCAGUAAAACUGAAAACUGAAGCCCCAGAAAAUCUUGGCAACGCUUUGCAUUGUUUAGGGAACAAACCAGAUGCUUUAAAACCUGGGAUAAAAAUGGAGCCUUCCAACCACCUUUAUGCCAUGAAACAUCCUUCAAACACUACUAAGAAUUGCUCUUUACUGAAGCAGUACACGGCCUCCUCCCCCUUUAAGGUGGAUGGUUUACAUCCUUACCCAUCUCUCACACACAAGUCUGGCCUGACUGCAGUGACUAACAUUCAACAAGAUUUUUCAGUUCCCUACGGGUAUUUUGAAUGCAGUACCAAGCAACCUCACGUGCCACCUUACGUUAGCUGCAAGAGCUUUGAUGUGUCAGUGAAGGAUUAUACUGGAAUUGUGCUGGACGAGGAGGUGAACGGCGUGCCGCCCGUUCUGCCCCAGGUCACUGCUCCAGGCCCCCCGGGCCACACAGAGCCCCUGCCCACGGUACCUGAGCAGCAGCCAGACCAACAGAGCUGCCAGCUUCAGCUGGACACCUGUGCCCCCCCAGAGCCGACCAGCUCCUGUGACCCAGCGCUCCCACCGAGCUCCCUGGCACAGGACGCCCUCGCACCCGCCGCCAACUGCUCCCAUGGGUGCCCCCUGGAAAAGGGCAGCUCCCACGGGGGACAGAGCUGUGACUUGGACUGUGCUGAUGUAAAGCAAAGCAGUGCACUGGGACAGGCAGCUGAUUCUGAAGAAAAGGCUGAGGAGUUGUGGUCAGACAGCGAGCACAAUUUUUUGGAUGAUGACAUUGGUGGGGUUGCUGUGGCACCUUCUCACGGUUCUAUCUUAAUUGAAUGUGCGAGACGUGAGCUCCACGCUACCACACCAAUCAAAAAACCCAACCGCAAUCAUCCCACGAGAAUUUCUUUAGUUUUUUACCAACACAAAAAUUUAAAUGAGCCAAAACACGGUUUAGCCAUGUGGGAAGCAAAGAUGGCCGAGAGGGCGCGAGAGAAAGAAAAGGAGGCGGAACGCCUGGGAACGGAGAACGCCGAGCUGGGCUCCAGCAGCAGGAAAGCAAAGCAGCCGGGUGAAAACAGAGAUAUCUUUUAUGAAGACAACGAGUUCAACCAAAUUCCAUCGCGCAGAGCGCUGACAGUGACCAAGGACAACGUGAUCACCGUGUCUUCGUACGCCCUGACGCGAGUGGCAGGGCCCUACAACCACUGGGCGUAGCGUGCUGGGGCCGGCACACGCUGCUGCUUUCAGGGCUCACACAGAACCAGCCUCGUGUCCUUUACUCUUUGCUCAUCUCAACCAUUCUAAGGCUGAGGUAAAAACAAAAAAAAAGGGGGGGGAUUUCUUCUUAAACUGUGACUUUAACAUUUGGUGGUGCUCAAGCACAUUUUAAGCAAAAAAAAAAAAAAAGUUGUAUAGUUUUAAUACAUUCUAAAGAAAGAUUUUGGUUAGGUUAUUAACCUUGAUUGAAUCAUUCAGUUUAUUACCUUUAGGAAUUUAUAUUUUGGUGCUUUAAAUCGUCUGUUUACUACAAAAAUCAUUUAUAGCUAUUUUAACAGGUUCACAUUUUAUGGUGUUAAAUCAAGUUAUACAGUUAUAGCUCUACACAGCUCUUGGUGCUUAACCACAUCAAACAGUUAAAAAUAAAUAAGCUGAAUUAUUACUUCAUGGUGCCAUUGCUUUAACAACUUCCAACCAUUGCUGUAUAGUCCAAAUUACAGACCAAUCUUUUAGAAAACCAACUAAUUUUGUUCUUUAGAUUCGUCAGUAGAAUGAAGUUAUUGGUAAUGAUGGCUGGAAGUUGUUUCUAAGCUGUAAAUAUAUAUUUUAAAAGCACUUUCUAUUUUUAAAAUUAACUUGAAAUAGUAUAGUAUAAGGAUCAUAUUGUCUAAGGUUUGUGCAUACUCUACAGAAGAAAUGAUUUUGUUCUUGCUGUGCAGAGUUCCAUGGUGUCACAGGUGCAGGAUGUAUGCUGACAGCAUAUGUGGUUGUUUUCAACUUGCCCUUUUUCACUGAAGAUUUUAUGUGGCAUAUAAACAAGCAGUUAUGAAUUAUAGAACCUUUUUAUUCUUUUCCAAGAGAGUGUACAAACGUGGAAGAGGAGAUGUCUGGUCAAUCUGUGUGUUGCUAUUGGGAGUUAUGAAUAUUACCUGGUUUUUUAAGGCAGCAUUUGUUAUGGUUUCUUUGAGCAAUAAGUGCAUCAGUCUCAUUUGUUUCCAGCCUUCUAAGUUAACAUGGCAGCCAAAUGUUCCUAAUGCCUCAGGGGUAGGAUUGUUUUGGGAUAAAAAGCUACCCCCUAGAGUUGCCUUAUUGUGUUCUGAUAGAAAAAAUUAAUUUGGGAAAAAUACAAAGGAAGUGUUGGAAAACAAUCAAAUUUCUAAUAUUUAGCAGCAAAGUUUUUGUUAAUAACCUAUCUGUUAUAUUCACCAACUUUCUGAGUUCAGUUUUUUUACAAAAAUGUUUUGUAAAUUUUUGAAGCAAUUUAUACUUUUGACAUGGAAACGGUUAACACCCUUCCUUGAAAUUUAUGUUCUUCAUUUCUGUUGAGAAAGUGACAUAUCACAAAAGGAGAAUUUGCUAAACCAGAGGAAAAACAGACACUCCAUUGCUUUUAAAUACUGUAGCAUCCCACUCUUCUUUCUGAUUCUCCUCUCCUGUGUAUUUCUUGUUUAAACUUAUUUAUUGAAACAAAUGACCAAAUGACAGCAUAGCUAAGGACUGACCUCAUCCUGCAGCUUCUUCCAGGUGGGCUGGCUGGGGGCAGGAGGAGCUGUGUGGUGCUGUGCCCUCUGUGCCUCAGCCUGUGGGACGUGCUCAUCACAUACUUGACACAGUUCUACCGUGGUGCUGCUGCCCAGAGGAGUGUCAGCUGCCUGGAUCUGCUUCAUUUCCACACAAGGUGCUUUUCCCUGGAGGAGCUGAAGUGCAGGAGCUCCGUUGCAGUUUGGUACGAGGCGCGUGGGUGUUGGACACCCAGAGCCAGUCAGGACCUUGGUGCUACAAAUCCUUUGGUGCAGGGCAGAUCCAGGAGACUCCUCUGGAGCCAGGGCUGCAGCAGCAAUCCCUGGGGCAUGAUCCUGCCUCCAGUUCUGCACAUUCCUGGCCAGGCUGACAAAGCUGGUAAUGGCAGAGGGUGGAGGAGUUGAACCAGUUCUUUGGAUCUUACCUAUUUGAAGUAAAACCUGUAAAAACCGGGUAUGCUGCAAAUUUUAGUUGGAAGCUUAAUAUUAGUUCUUCAGAUAGAGGAUAUGAAGGGAUUGUAAAUAAUGAUGAAACAGAACCAAUAUUAUGGCAUUGUUUUGUACCAGCAGUUUUAUGCUUAUUGACUAUGUAAUAUACAGUAUACAUCAAAUCAUUUUGGUAUUUUGUGUGCCUUAGAUUUCCAUUUCCAAACUUGUAUAUUUUUGGUGAGCCGAAGAUGAGCAGGAAUUGCAGCUGCCCAUCCAGUCAGGGGUGCUGUACAUUCCACAGCUGCUCAGCCAUGUUCUUGUCCCACCAUGCAGAGAUUCAUUUCUUGGUUUCACUGAGAGCCCUGACAGCUUCAGUUUCUGCAAUGCUGUAAUUCAGCACUCUGCUGUGACAGAUUUCCUACACAAAGUUGGUAAGCUACAGAGCCAUCUCUACCUUUUAAAUGUUCAUACCAUUAAAGUGAAUCAUUUUUACUUGAAUCUUCUCCUACAAAUGCCCACAUUUAACUUACUGGAAACUUCAGAUUAAAAUGUUCCAUUGAAAAACCAGCAGCUUCCCUCUAAGAAGUGAGGCACUGCAAGGUGGAUCUGAAAGGAUCCCUUCAAACAGGUAGCCCAAUGGCAAUUCUAACAAAGAAAUGUGUAUGUUAACAUAAUUAAUACUAUUAACUGAUAGGUGCUAAACUCACAGUUACUACUUCAUUAAUGUUACUUACAUGAGAGAAAUAUAUCACCCACACAACAGCAGAUCACCCACGGUGCUCUUCCCUUGGCUUUCACCUAAAUUGCUUUUUCAGCAUCUCCUGCCAGGCAGGUUGGGCACUUCCACCGCCUGCUGUGGUUUGAGAAGCUGAUCCUUCCUCUUGCUGUACUGCAGUAUAGGAAAUGCAAAUAUUUACUGCUUCUACAACUCUGUGCUAUUUCUUGUAACACUUCAGGAUAUUUAUCAGUCUUGUACACAAAUUGCAUUGUUUUCAGUAAGGUUAUCAUUUUAUAACAGUGUUUAUCUCUUGAAAUCUUCCACUCUGUGGGUCUGUUCUUUCCUUUGCAACCCACACAACCACUUGUAAUUUGCUCUUAGGUUUUAACCCAAGUCCUUCGUGGAUAGCCAGACCAGGAGCUGGAUCAGGAAUGAAGGUAGCUGGCUUGGUCAGACCUGCAUGUUUUAUUGGGUUUCCAUCAGCUGGCACAAUGUUCUGGGUGAAAAUCCUGCCCAUGGAUUCAGUGUGGGCUGGCAGUGGGGUGUGCUUGUCUCUGGAUCAGUUCUUACAGUGUGCCAGGAAAAACUGUCAUGAUCAGCACAGGGCACCUCUGACUCCCCAGCAUUGUCUCAUCCCUCUGUCCCCUGGCUCCAGCUGCACUGGGAGGGAGGAGCAGGGCUUGCUUGGCUCCCUGGGGGACUCACUGCCCUUGUGUCCAGUUAAACAGUGAUUUACUGAUGGUUCACAUGCUGCUGUAUUGCAGGAAAUAGAAAGAAAUAUUUCUAUACAUACUUUAGUCACAAGAUCCAAGAAGCUUUUUAACUGCUUACAAAUACUUGCAGCUUCCAACCUGUAACAGUUGUAUUCAGAUUUUUUAAGGACUUUCUAAGAAUGUUAACUGCUGGUGAAGGUCCUUGUGUUACCUAUGACAGGGCUCCUCUAGAUGUAGAACAGAAAUAACUUGAGUUAAUCUGGAGCAACAUUUUGUGUUUAGCAUGGGUAAGUGACAACUUGUCUAGUACUCAAGAUUCUACCAUACAACUGUAUGGGUUUUUUUAAAGAGCUUUUUAAUUUCAUUGCAGUAUUAACUGAAUAUGGUGGAUUAAAUCUGGGUCCUGUUGCAGCCCUGCUGACUCCAAAGGGCUCAUCCAUGAGGUUUUCAAUUGGAUGGAUGUGGACCAACAUUUGUGCCAACUCAGAGUCAAUCUUGCUCUUUCACUUCCCUUGUAGCUUCUCUAAUGUUGAAAUUAGCUCCAUUUAUCAAGCAGUCACCAGCUUUGUGAUCCAUUUAUACAUCUGAUUGUUUCUUUUCCAUAGACAUCCUGUCAUUUCUAGGCUAUCAGGAGGGAAUGGCUGCGCUCUCAGAUACAGAAAACUCAAUUGCACGGCCACUUGCAUGCUUUGUGUGUUAACACCAGACACAUUCAGGCAGUGUGGGAGAAACUCCUUCUGGCUGAUUGUGGUCACUGAAAUUCAGCUUAGGGUCUUUGUGAUGUCUGUAGCACUUACAGAGGAGGAGCAGUGCAUCACUUUUGGGAAUUGCUGCUUUAGCAGGGGUUGAUGGGACUUGCAGGAGGAGGUGUGGAGGGAAUGUCUUUGUGUGGUACUGCCCUGCAGUGUCAGUGUCACAGCACUGCUCUGGCCACUGAGGUGUUUCAUUGUGGGGAUCGGGUACAAAUUCACCCCUUUCUGCAGUUCCUCCACAGGCAGAAAUCUCUCCUUUGGUCUCUGCCUGAUAAUCUGGUGUAAAAAAGCACCAGAGGAGGGAGAGAGUUGGCCCCCAUUGUCAAUGUGCACACACAAACAAGGCAGCAAGUGCUGCUGUCAUGGGCAGCCUGCUGCCCUCUGCCCCAGCACGGGGAGCACAGGGAGCUGCUGGUGCUGCUGGUGCUGCUGGUGCUGCUGCUGGUGCUGCUGGUGCUGCUGGUGCUGGUGCUGCUGGAGCUGCUGCUGGCACUCCAUGGUCUCCAAGGCCCUUUCAGCCUUGGUGGCUCUCUGCACAGCACAGCUAAAUCGCAGGCAAAGCUGUGAAGGUACAGUUGGGUUUUGAGUCAGCCUUCUGUGUACAUGUGGUUGCCAUGGUACUUCUUGAUACUAACACUUCUGUUAGUCCAUCUGACUUUAAAUUCAGUGGCUUAUUUUGUCUGUGACACACUCAACAUUCUCCUUGAAUUUAAACAGUGGCCAGUGGCAGCAGUCUAGAGGAUGUGGUUACUUACUCUCAGCAAUUCAGGAAGUGGUUUCAGUCUCCUCUGGGAUUACCUGAUGUUUAGCCAGCCUUUCCAAGUUGUCCACAUUCUGCUUUAGGAUGUUGCUACAAAAUUGUGAUUACAUCAAGGAAGGAGUUUUACAUUCGAGGUUUGCUGAAAGGCCAAGGAUUUCUAAUAGAACCUGAUCAGGCACCAGGCUACAUAUGGAUCACUUCCCCUAAGGAGAGGUUGAAUAGUUUCUGUGUUUGUACUUCCCUGUUAAAGCCUUUCUGGUGCUUUUAGAGAACAGGCAGAACUUUUUAAUACUGUCACAUUCUUGACUGAAUUAUGAAGACUUAGUGUUACAUGAUGUUGAGUUGUGUCCCUGAAAAUCACUUAGCAUGGCUGGUGUGGAUUAGUGGGUACCACCUUUACUCUGUGCAGCUCUCACUGGAUUCUCUGGCCAGCUUUCUCCAUUUUUGGCUCAACUUUUGGCUCUUUCCAAACCAUCAGCUGUGCUCAGUCAUUGUCACCUGCUGCUGGAUGCUUUCAGUGCUUGUAACUCCUUCAGGGGUUUCUCCCUUCACAGGCCUGGCUCAGCACUAACGCUGCCAGCCUGCCCGUGAGCCCCUGCACUCUGUCCUGCUUGGGAAUCAGCAGUGGCACACUGAGCUGUUCUCCUUGGACUCUCCCCCUGAAAUCCAUUUCUUUUACAUCCAGUCCCCUGGAACAGGCUGCCCAGAGAGCCUGGGGAUGUUCCAUCCCUGGAAGUGUCCCUGGCCAGGCUGGACAGGGCUUGAAGUAACCUGGAGUGGUGGAAGGGGGUGGAAGGAGGUGAGCUUUAAGGUCCCUUCCAAUCCAAACCAGUCUGAUUCCUUGAUUUUAUAUUCUGGAUGUGACAGCUCCAGGGUUUUUACUUCACAUUUUCUCAUACAGAGCCUAGAAUAUUACAGGUGGGAUUUUUUUAAUGUCCACUUCAUAAUCUGUCACAGCCACUGUUUUCUUAGUUUUUAAAAUCAAAUAAUCAGUUUUCCAGUUAAUUUUCAGAUUUUUUUUUGGUGCAGUUGUUACAAUCUGUUCUUGUAUCUGCAAGUAGCCAAACAAAAGAGACUUUGCAAAACCAUCAUCCCCUGAGAAGGACAAGUCAUUCCUUCUCAGAGUACAGGAUUUCUUCCUGUGGGUUGCAUCUCUGAGUCCUCUUGUCUUUUGAGUCACUUUUAACAGCUCUGCUCCAUUCCUGCCACCAGACAGCUGCUGCAGCCCUGCAUGAUUGCAAGAGCAGGAGUGUUUCUUUGCAUCUUCUUUAAACCUUAGCUCAGUCUUUGUGAGAUAUCCAGUGUAUGUUAAAUGCCUGAACUAACACAGGACUGCUUGGAAAACAUGUUCUUCCUCUGUGGCAAAAAAUGGAAUUGAAGGAGCUUGGGAAGAAAAGAAGGUGGUUACUGCCUUUUAUUAGAGGGUAUUGAGGUGGCAGUAUUGAUGUUUCUUUGUCUCUCUGAGAAUUAAGACUUUAGGAUUUUUUCCAAUCCUGUUCCCAGUUCACCAUCCCAGCAACUGCUCAUGGUGCUCAACCCUGUACUGCUAAGCUUCAGCUGUAAAAGGUACAAGUUGUUUCUUGGUGCUGUAUCCUUAAUUCCUCCAGACAGUGUAUUUCCCUUUCUUCUGCUGGGCCAUAAAAUGGCAUUUUCCACACACACUUGUGUUCCAAUGGCAGAAUCUUCCAGCAGCAUCCCUGCAGUGGGGUGCUCAGUGCCUGAAGGUGACAGGUCUGUGUGACCCCAGUGGUGCUUCUGCCCACACCCUGCUCCCCUUGCAGACAUUGCUCAGAAGCUGCAGCUGUGGGCAGGGCAGGUGGGCACCAAACUCCAGAGUUACCCCCAGAGCAGCUGAGCUGUGCCCCUCUUGGUGCUGCUUUGGGUGUUCAGUCGUGCAGUUGUUGGCACAGAACAUUUUAAUGCUGUCGUGGAAAGUUUUGUGACCUGAUCAUUAUUUUACAUGUAUAUCUGUAUUUUUGUUCUAUUGUAAUGGGAAAAGGGUCUAGGGUUUGGGAGUUGUCUUAAAGCAAGAAGGGAGGCCCUGAUUCUUAUUUGUGCUGCUGUCCUUUGCAUUGCACUGGGAGGAUGAAGGGGAUCCCUAAAUGGAGCUGGCUUACAUCCUUUGGGGUAUCCACCACACUGAUCAGAGCAUAAAAGGGCAGUAGUAUAAAUAAAAGCAAACAGUUAGCAAAUGACUGGUUUGUACAAUCAUCUGAAAUGAAUUUCAUGGUGUUCUUACUGUGCACAUACUGGCCAGUAACAUCCUCAUGUUCUUAGUUUAGAAAUAGAGGUUGAACAGACCUGCUUGGGUUUUACCAGGUUUGAAAUAUUUCCUUAUAUUGGCUGUCCUUUGCCCAACACUGUCUACAAAGACAAUGUGCUAAGAGAUUUGUACCUCUAGGUAAUGGCCAGCCCAGAAAUCUCACAAAAUUAUCCAAAAUGCUAUUUUUAUGGUAGUUCUUCUUAAAAUACUUGCUAGCCUUUAUCAUAACUUGGAUCCCUUUUACUUGAUGAUAUAAGCUGGGGUUGUGACAAUCUACUGAAGUCCCCUGUGUCCUGACUGCACCCCAGCUGUGUGCUGUGUCACUCUGUGGGUUUGGGGCACAGAGCUGAAGCCAGCACCUCCUGCCUUCCCUGACUGUGGUGCUACUUGGCAGGGAGAGCCUGGCACGGCUCUGCUGCCCGAGUCCUGCAGAGCUCCCUUGCUGCCCCUGCAGCUUCUGUGGCAGCAGCAGCCCCGCUGCAUGGCAGGGAUGCAGAGCCAACUUCUCCUUCAGAAAAAGUGUCAGGAAAAGGAAAUAUUCAGGAAAUGUACUUUCCUUCUGAAAUUUGUACACUGCAGAGCCUAAUGAGAACAGAUUUUGUAGCAGCCUUGUGGAUGCCUGUCUAACCCCUGCCACUCAAAAGGCAGCAGCUGAACUUCAUGAUGCUCUUGUCCUCUAAAUGAAAAAAUAAUUGGAGUCCAGAAGAACAAAUGGGAUAUCCCAGUACUGCUAAAAGAAAGGCAGUUCUAACCAAUGCAAACAUUCAUACAUUUCAGUUUGUAAAGAGAAUUACUCUAUGGUUAUUUGCUCAGUUUGGAAGAGACAGCUCUCCAUAAUGUGACAAUUUCACGCCAGGUCACAAGUACUGAUCAGAAUUUGCUGUCAUUAGGAAAGAACAUGAAUUUGUAAGGACAUGCUGCACUGACAUGCAGUGGCUAAUGAAUUCCUUCCUGCUUUGGGAAUAUAACAGAUUAUGCCAAAGCAAAAGAAAAAAAAGUCAUUGUUUUUUUCCUUCUCUCUUUCUUCUUUUCAAUCUUUCUUUCUUUCUUUCCUUGGGAUGCAUUUGAUAUUUAUUUUUCAACUUUGAGUUUGAGGUUUUCUUCCCAGUUACCAACGUACUGUAUUGAAAUCUGGAACAUAAAACUAACAUUUUUAAGCAAAAGGUGAUGUACAGGGAGAAAAAAAUCAGAAAGAAAAAGCACUUCAUUAUGUCACAGUAUUUCCAGGAGAAAGUGUAAAAAUUACUUCUUUUCUCACAAAAACAAAACCAUUUGGGGCCUGAUUCUUCCCUGGUGUAACUGAGCCCAGCUCCCUGAGGCUGGUGGAGCUGGGCAGUUGUGCUGGCUGAGAAACUGAACCUUAAAAUCUUCUUUGCAGACAAGGGAACCCUUACCAGCAGUACUUGAAGACUUGUGAGUUGUGACUGCAUGUUACUUGAAAGAUCUAAUUAAGCUAUGUUUUUUGGUGCAAGCAGUUGUUGUACAUGAUUUCAUGUUUAUGUAGCAAGAUGCAUUGAAAUGUUGAUACUAGUAUUGAAACAUACAUGUAAAAAUUGUCGUUGUGGAAAUUGUCUGUUCUGUUCUAUUUUUCUUGUGUGUCUCAUCUGUUUAGAACGUAAAACUUUCUUUUUUUUUUAUUGUCCUAACUGAAUAAGGCUAAAUGAAUACUGUAAUUGAAAAUAUAUUUUAAAUCUUGUCAUGAGUUUUUAAAAAGACUAUUACAAAUUGUAUCAUUCCUGAUUACACAGAACUUUGUGGGUGGUUUUAAAUAAAUUUUAUACUUCUAUUUUGCA